CGAUUUUUCAUGACAACAAAAUGACGAUUGUUAAUUUGCGGGUGUAAAAAUAUUUAAAUUUAAUUGGCUAAUUAUUCAGUAUCUUAGUGCCUGGUAUAUGUGAUUGUUUUUUAAAAAUCUGUACUAAUUAUUAAAAUUAUACGCAGUUUUCAUUAUUCGCAAGUGAUUGAAACAGCUCUUGAGGAUUUUAUAUUGCAGUCCUAUUGAGUGUGAUUGAAAGACGGCGAUUGGCGAAAUUUCCGGCGCAAAUAUUUGGCCCAAGCUUAUUCAUUUAUCAAUUUAAUUUUUAAUCAUCCGUAGAAUUUGAUUCUUUAUCUCUUUCUUAUAACUUAAAAAUAAACAGACAUGUCCCUAUUUUUUGUUAACGCAAAUCAAGACAGUGAAGUUGAAGGAGAUUCUAAUGGAGAUUUACAAAUAUCAUCACCAGGAAAUUCAGAAGCACAGCAAGCGUUGACGACAUUCUGGCCAAAAGUUGCUGAGGAAAUUAAAAAAAUUACUAGUAAUGAUCUAAAAACACAAUCAUUACCAUUGGCGAGGAUAAAAAAAAUAAUGAAACUUGAUGGUGAUGUUAAAAUGAUAAGCGCUGAAGCCCCGAUGUUAUUUUCAAAAGCUGCUGAAAUAUUUAUUCAUGAGUUAACAUUGAGGGCGUGGAUACACACGGAAGACAAUAAAAGACGUACAUUACAAAGAAAUGACAUCGCAAUGGCUAUUACAAAAUACGAUCAGUUCGAUUUUUUGAUAGACAUUGUACCGCGAGAUGAAUUGAAACAGAGCAAAGCGCAAGCGGAUAAUGUUGUACGUACGUCAAUGAAUUCAGAUCAAGUUCAUUAUUACUUUCAAUUGGCACAGCAGCAAUCCAACAAUCAAAAUGUACAAAAUAAUGGAGCUGCACAGUCGAUACAAAUCGUACAACCACCUACUGGUCAAAUACAGACCAUCAAUAUGCCGAUUGGUAAUUCUGUAGACCAGAACUCAUCUCACGCAACUACAACACAGACAAUAACUGUGCAGAAUCCUCAACAAUCGGGUCAACAGGUAAUACAACUUCAACAAACGCAAUCACCACCCUCACAGAGCGGUGGAAUUCAAAUAGUACAACAAAUUGUUACUCCUAAUGGUGAUAUUCAACAAAUACCUAUUCAAUUGACACCGCAGCAGCUUCAAAUGAUAAGAAUGCAAGUGCAAGGUGGUAGUAGUCAACCGAUAAUAAUCCAAGCAGCGCCAAUUGCAGCACAGCCUCAAAUAAUUCAAGUAGCCGGAAGUGGUCAGACACCAGUAUAUCUACAAACCAAUGGCACUGAUAAUGAAUAACCAGAGCUAUAAAAAUAAUACAAAAAUAUCUUAAUAAAAUCUAAAUAAAUUUUAAUAAUAAAAAUAAUAAAUAAAUCUAAGAAUUAAGACAUAAUCAUAAGAUUGUACGGUAAGAAAAUAAAAGAUUUUUUAAAUUAA